UCGCACUCUCCUCCAAACAUGCAGGAACAUGUAGCGUAACUUCUCUAAAGUUUGACACAAACGUCCAGCAGUCGCACUCUCCCUUAUUGCAGUGUAAGCAUCCCUCGUUCAAGGAUUGUGUGCGGUUAUGAAGAAUCACAUUGUGUAAGGAUACAGACCUACGAGUGUUGACAGCUUACGUGCCACGGGGACAUAAGUGAUCUCGUUAACAGCUUUGACUUUUACCCGGGGCUGGCCUCGGGGAUGAUAAAAGCUCCCGUGGACAACUUCUAGUAGAGACACGCAAGACUUCCUCAAUACCGGGAUCCAGUGGAAGUUGUCUAGUUGUCAUGGUGACACGAAGGUGUCCCCAUAUCCGAAGAAGACUGACUCGACUGCGGUUUGCUGCUCCAACAAUAAGAGAGUUCUAGAACCUGAGAGUUCUAGAGUGUUCUAGAACCAGAAUGAGCACCUCAGAACACAGCUCGCACCGUUCCUCCUCUAAGAAGUCAGUCCAGACGGGACAGUCGUCCUACAGCGAUGACAGCGACUCCUCUCGACCCAACAGCAGACAGGACAGUUGGGAGGUGGUGGAGGGCUUGCGGGGCGUGCUGGGUAACGCCCAGCUACCUGAUGCCAUUGAAGGCGUCCUGCUCAAGAAACGCAAGUGGCCCAUGAAGGGAUGGCACAAGAGGUUCUUCCUUCUGGAAAGGGGAAUUCUAAAGUAUGGGAAGACUGGACCUGAUCUGCAAAGAGGGAAAUGCAGGGGUUGCAUUGACGUUGGCCUGUCGGUCAUGUCCAUCAAGAAGAAGUCCAUGUGUAUAGACCUGGACACAGAGGACAGCAUCUAUCAUUUGAAGGUGAAAUCCAGAGAGCUGUUUGAUAACUGGGUAUCUAAGUUGCGUGACCACCGUGUGUUCCGUCAGAAUGAGAUCGCCAUGGACCCCAACGACAGAACCCUGCAGUCAGACCUCAGCAACUGCAUGAGGAAUGCUGUGCUCACCAAGCAGGCCUCCAUGCAGGCAAUGAGCGGCCUGCGACAGAGCAACGAUGACCUGGAGCGAUGCUGCCAAGACCUGAGUGAAUGCGAGUCCCUUUUGCUGGAGCUCAACCUGCUGCUGAAGAACAUGGAGGUGUUGCAUCACGCAUACUCCGCACCAGCCAUCAACAUGCUGCCGGUUGAUGGCGGCUCUAAGAAGGAGAAGAGAGGGCCGAAAAGAUGGAGAUCAAAAACCUCCAGCAAAGACAGCAGCACCGCCUCACUACAAGUAAGCCGCACCAACUCGCUAAAAGUCCCCCUCCCUAGUCCCACCCGUCUCCACGUGUCCAACCCUAACCUUACAGCCACCGAGCCGCCUUACGGAGAGGCCUACGUCCAGACCCCUGACUCCCCCACCAAUGCUGCCCAGCUACAGGAGGACUUCUGCAGGCUAGCUAGCACCAUUCAUUCCACUCUGCAGUCCGCCUACAAAACCCUGUCCACAGAGAAAAAGCAAAUCAAGCUGGUCUUGGAACAACAGAACACUGAGGACAGCCUGGGUGGCAUGGGAAGCCCUCUGAAGCACCAGCGCUCCAACGAGAGCCGCGGCUCGCUCUCCGAUUCGCUGUCGGAGUUCUUUGACGCGCGCGAGUACCUGCUCUCCUCCAGCUCCACUGACAACGAGGUGUCCGAUGAUGAUUCAUUCCUGAGUGAUGCCAGCGACAGUGUGUCUGUAGACUACUCCAACAGCGAGGCCAGCAGCGAGAAAGAUGAUUCAGCGUCGAGGUGCGUGGCGCGGCGUUCUCGCCUGCCGUGCCGCAGCUCGGAGAGCGGCGUGAGCCUCUGGAACAUCCUCCGCAACAACAUCGGCAAGGACCUGAGCAAGGUGUCCAUGCCCGUGCAGCUCAACGAGCCAAUCAACACGCUGCAGAAGCUCUGCGAGGAGAUGGAGUACACACAGCUGCUGGACACGGCGGCACACACCGACGACCCUCAACUACGCAUGGUCUAUGUAGCGGUUUUCGCCGUGUCUGCGUACGCGUCCACAUAUCACCGUGCGGGAGGGAAGCCCUUCAACCCAGUACUGGGGGAGACCUACGAGUGUGACCGGCCUGACAAGGGCUUCAGAUUCAUAGCAGAACAGGUGAGUCAUCACCCGCCCGUCUCGGCCUGCCACUGCGAAUCCAAGAACUUCACCGUGUGGCAGGAUGUUCGCUGGAAGAACAAAUUCUGGGGCAAGUCCAUGGAGAUAGUGCCUAUGGGCAAUACACAUGUUGUCUUACCAGGGUUUGGCGACCACUAUGAGUGGAGCAAGGUGACGUCGUGUAUCCACAACAUCCUGAGUGGCCAGCGCUGGAUCGAGCACUACGGGGAGAUGCACAUCAAGAACACGGCAGCCGCCACCGCGGACGACACCGCCAGCUGCAAGGUCACCUUUGUCAAGGGCAGAUGGGGGACCAGCAAUGUGAAUGACGUGGAGGGGGUGGUCACAGACGGUCAGGGGCGCCCCACUCACUCCUUCUUCGGCAAAUGGAACGAAGC